AUGCCUUCUAUCGUUCCUGCUCGGAGUGACCCCUCGUAUGUGUUGAAUCAGAUCGUGCUCUCACCUUCGGACACAGACUAUUUGGACCAACUCAUACCUUCGAUCAGUGAAUACAGCCAUGGCAACAAGACCUCACAACUCCUACAUUCGUUAUCAGAAUUUGCCGGAGAUAGGGAGAAUGAGAUUGAGCGAAUAUGUAACGCUAGUCAUCAAGAAUUCGUAACAUCUGUCAACCAGCUAUUGCGCAUCCGUGAAGGUACUGUUAACCUCACGACUGAAAUCUUGAGCUUAAGUCAAUCCAUUCAAUCAAGUACCGAGAGACUUGUGCAGCAAAAGAAAGCCCUUGUCGACUCCCGAGGAGUCAGGCAGAAUAUUAAUGAGGCAGGCAAUGCACUUCAAGAUUGUCUUGAAGUUCUCCGCCUUGCGAAUCAGGUGCAUGACCUACUCGCCAGGAAAAAUUUCUAUGCUGCCUUGCGGGCCCUGGACGAACUGCAGAAUGUUCACCUCCGAAGUGUCACCCAAUACAAAAUUGCAGAAAUGAUCCGACGAUCAGUGCCUGCAACACAGAAGACGAUUGCCGAUGCGGUCAUGAAUGAUCUCAACACCUGGCUCUUCAGAAUUCGGGAGAUGUCGCAGUAUCUUGGAGAACUUUCCUUCUACAACACAGAUCUACGCAAGCAACGCCAACAAGAGAGGGCUGAAAGAACACCGUAUCUUUCGAAUUUCAAGCUUAAUUCCGCCAUUGAGCUAGUAUCUGAUGAACACGAGGAAUACGAUGUGCUGAACAACGAUGACUUACAGGUCGACUUUACACCACUCUUCGAGUGUCUACAUAUCCACCAAUCACUUGGUCAGAUGGACAAAUUUCGUGCAGAGUAUGCAGCUACCCGAAGGCGGCAGAAGGAGCUGCUUCUCCCUGCCUCGAUAUCUCUAGUGGAUGAAGACAUGGCAAACCUUCAUACCCUCUUGGAGGACAUGGCUGGCUUUGCGAUUGUGGAAAGGGCAACCAUGAAGAGGGCGCCCGAUUUGAGAUCCUCGAUCGAUGUCGAAGAGCUGUGGGACUCGCUAUGUCAAACAGCGAUAUCACUAAUAGGCAAAGCGCUACCCGAUGUUGACAACGCCGAACAGUUACUCAAAGUCAAGAACCUCAUCGCGCUCUUCAUCCAGACCAUGAACACUUGGAGGUUCCCUACCGCUGCGAUGAGCGGCUUUCUCCUGACCCUGUUUGAGAAAUAUGCUCAAUUACUCAAACGUAGGUUUAGCGACGAUUUUCUCGAGAUUGUAUCUACAGACGAUUAUAUGCCUAUGCCGAUACAAAAUGCCGAAGAGUUUGAGAAGGUCAUUACCGUCAGCUGGUAUUGCCCUGAGCGAGCUGUUGAUGAUACGAAGUUUCCCUGUGUUCUGCCAUUUUCGCAAAUGUACCCUCUGUGCUGCAUCGACAUCCGGAACUUCCUCAACCAGUUCUACUUCUAUGCCAACGAUGAUUUCCCGCAUCGUGAGGUUGUUGAUGAGGCUCUGAGAGUUGCUCUCGAUGAUCUUCUUUGCGAAGAAGUGUGUGGUUCGCUGGUCCAAAAACUAAGCGUCCAAUACAUUGGUCAAAUUGUGCAAAUCCUUAUCAACCUCGAACAUUUCGAAACUGCCUGCAAAGAACUAGAAAGUUUGCUCGUCAAAGCGCGGUCACCCGAAUCAAGUAUUGGGUCAGUCUCUCUCAGGGCAACGGAAAAGUUCAGAAACAACAAGAAGACAGCCGAAAAGCGUAUCUUUGAGCUUGUCAAUUCCAAGAUUGAUGAUUUGGUAGAGACGGCAGAAUAUGAUUGGGCUGGAACCACGAAGCCGAUCGAACCCAGCACAUACAUCCAGACACUCACGCAGUACCUAUCUAAUAUCAUGAAUUCAAUGCUGCUUAGUCUUCCGACCGAGAUCAAGGAACUCAUUUACUUUGACGCCAUCAGUCAUGCAGCCAAAGCAAUUUUAGCCCUCCCCCUCUCCCCCACCGUUACCAAAAUCAACCCCAACGGCAUCUCCGCCCUAAGCAUCGACGUCCACUUCCUUAGCGACUUCGUCUCCUCCCUGCAAAACCCAAUCCUCCAACAGAACCUCGAUGAGCUCCAACAGACCGUCGCGCUGAUGGAGUCGGACAAUUCAGACGAGUUCUAUGAUAGUGGCUUGAGGAAUAGGAAAUAUGGACAGGUGAACCCGCUGAAUGGGCCGCUGCUGCUGGAGAAGAUCACGAAGGUUGUAGAAGCCGCGCCGCAGACUGCGGCGACCAGUGCGGCGGAGAGGCUAAAGGGGUUCGGGACUAGAUUUGGGAUGAGGUAG